AUGCAGGCGCGGCGUCUAGCCAAGCGCUCCAGCCUGGGCAGCCGCCGGGGCAGCGCCGCGCUGCAGCCGCCCGGCUCCGCGCCCGCGCCCGCCCGGGAAGGCGCGCUGCCCGGGCUCCCGCUGCCCGCCCCGGCCCCGGCCCCGGAGAGCUGGAGGCCGCCGCUGCCGCCGCCGCGCAACGCCGGGACCGACCCCCCUCGCGCCGGGGCCGCCGCCGCCGCCGCCUCGUCUCCGGUGCUGCUGCUUCUGGGGGAGGAAGACGAGGACGAAGAGGGCGGGAGCCGGCGGCGGAGGGGGCUCGGGCGGGCGCCGGCGAAGCCCCGAGGGGGCGCGGAGGAGGAGGAUGACGACGACGAGGACGAGGACGAGGAGGUGGUCGUCGAGGUGGUGGACGGCGACGACGACGACGAGGACGGCGACGAGCGCUUCGUGGCCCUCGGCCCCGGCCGCGCGCUCCCCAAGGGCCCGGCCCGGGGCGCCUUGAAGGUGGGGAGCAUUAAGCGGGAAAUGACCUUCACGUUUCAAACAGAGGACUUAAAACGUGACUCUAGUAAAAAAAUGUCCCAUCAACACUUGUUUCCCUUGGCCAUGGAGGAAGAUGCGAAAACAGCAGACACCAAAAAAGCCAACCGAGCACUUGACCAUGAAAAAGAAAACACUCGCUCCAUCUGUCUCCUUGAGCAAAAACGAAAAGUUGUUUCUUCCAAUAUUGAUGUUCCUCCAGCAAGGAAGUCUUCGGAGGAGCUGGACAUGGAUAAGGUGACGGCAGCCAUGGUCCUCACCAGCUUGUCCACCAGCCCGUUGGUUCGGAGCCCUCCCGUGCGGCAGAACGAGGGCCUGAGCGGAUCCUGGAAGGAGGCGGGCGGCGUGCCUUCCAGCACGAGCAGUAGCGGCUACUGGAGCUGGAGCGCCCCCAGCGACCAGUCCAACCCGUCCACGCCGUCGCCGCCGCUGUCCGCCGACAGCUUCAAGCCCUUCCGCAGCCCCGCGCCCCCCGACGACGGCAUCGACGAGGCGGAGGCCGGCAACCUGCUCUUUGAUGAGCCCAUCCCCAGGAAACGAAAGAACUCCAUGAAGGUGAUGUUCAAAUGCCUCUGGAAGAACUGUGGGAAGGUUCUGAGCACUGCAGUGGGUAUCCAGAAGCACAUCCGGACCAUUCAUCUCGGGCGUGUUGGGGAGUCUGACUACAGUGAUGGAGAAGAAGACUUUUACUACACUGAGAUCAAGCUCAACACAGACUCCGUGGCAGACGGUCUGAGCAGCCUGGCCCCAGUUUCGCCUUCCCAAUCCCUGGCUUCGCCUCCUACUUUUCCCAUCCCAGAUUCCAGCCGAACAGAAACUCCUUGUGCCAAAACUGAGACAAAACUGAUGACGCCCUUGAGCCGCUCUGCUCCCACCACCCUCUACCUCGUGCACACUGACCACGCUUACCAGGCCACGCCCCCCGUGACCAUUCCAGGAGCGGCCAAGUUCACCCCCAAUGGAAGCAGCUUCAGCAUUUCUUGGCAGUCUCCUCCAGUUACCUUCACAGGCAUUCCAGUGUCACCAACCCACAGUCACCCGGCGGGCACAGGAGAGCAGAGACCGCACACUCACACCAUCCUGUCCUCCCCCCCAAGAGGGACGGUCAGCCUGAGGAAGCCCAGGGGAGAGGGCAAGAAGUGCCGGAAGGUGUAUGGUAUGGAGAACCGGGAUAUGUGGUGCACAGCCUGCCGCUGGAAGAAGGCCUGCCAGCGUUUCAUUGACUGA